AAAUUUACUGCGCGUAUUUCUAUGGUAGCGCUACAAUUAUGGGUGAGCUAAGUUGGGGAGUUGAGCUAUGGGAUCAAGUAGAAAAUCUUUUCAGACAUGAAAGUGAUCAAAUUGGAGUCACUGAAUCUUAUUUCAAACUCCUUUCUGAUGUUCAAAAAUUACAGCAUGAAUUUGGAAAAAAGCUCAGAAAGACUGUCUCGAUAUAUUUGCCCAGAAAGAAGCCAGAUGUUGAUGAACUGUCCUCCGUGUUAACAUACUCAAGUAUAGUGCCACAAAUUCUUGAAAUGGGUGUUGCACACGAAGCUAGUUCUAAAAAGCUCAAUGAAUCAGUUAUCAACCAAUUGAAAGCCCAGGUCGAGAACGAAAAAAGGGCUUUGGAUAAACAACGUUCGCAUUGGUUAAAGUUAAAUGGAACAAUCGAACAGUCACGUAAGCAGUUAGAGUUGAGUUGGCAAAAGUACGUGAGCAAUUUCAAAGAAAAACAGAAAGCAUACGAGGUUUCAGAGAAAGCCAAAAAUGAUAUUCAGUUGGCACGAAUUGAUCAGCAGAAAUUUGAUGCUCUUUACCAAAGCAAACUGCAAUCCUUCGAUCAAACUAGUCGAAAUUAUGCUGAUGAGUUGGCCAAGUACAAUACAGCAAAUCGACGCCAUUUCACAACUGACAUAGUGGCUUUUGUAGAUGAUAUGGAGUGUUCAAGUCGUUUGAGAAAUGAACGUAUUCGUGAACUGUUGACAAUGGUUACACGUAUAAAUGAAGAAACAAUAUCCAAACUUACAAAUUGUAAUCGGUUAAUUUCGGAGGCUGUCUCUGCUCUUGAUUCUUCACAUGAUGCAGCUGAGGUAAUAAAACGAUUGCAUACAGAUGAACAACCUCCAGCUGAUUUACCAUUCCUUGACUUGGAUAAAUGUCCUCCAGGUAUUUUAGACGGUCCUACAUCCGAUUUAGGAGCUUUAAUUCUCGGUGUUGAGUCUGCAGCUAGUUCAAACCAGUUAAGUAAUUCAGGAAGUGCUGUUUCAAUUCCAAGCAGUGGAAUGAUGAGUGGUUUCAUUCGUUCUGCUCACAAAAAUUCAAAAGAUGAAUACCCCAGUUUACGUUCACCAUUCAUAUGUGGUAUUAGUAUUAAAAGUAUUAAAAACACAGAUUUGACUAUCAGACAAGUUGCUGAUCGACUGAAGGUAUUGAGGGAGUUGGUUGUCAAGACUGAAAAUGAACUGCGAAGUACUGAUCGUAUGAUUGAAUCUUGUCGGACAAAUCCAAAGUUUGGAGAUAUGGAUUGUUUAGUUCGAGCUGCUGCUAUUUAUACCAGACGUUUGAAUUCCCUUAGGCAACAUGUUAAGGAGCAUGAAAUAAAAUUCAAUAAUUUAGGUGGUGAUACAGCCUAUGCAAAUGCUGAAUCAAUAGCUGAAAGGCUUAGUUCAUGUGCUGUGAUCACUACUAAUACAAAUACCUCGAGAAAUGUAAAUAAUAAAUCAUUCGACGAUGAUGAUGAUAGCGAUCAUUCAUUUGAUUCAGAUCAGGAAGAUGCUAAUGGUAAUAAUAAUAAUCAUAAAGAUGAUCCGACUACAAACAGCAAUUCAGAUAUACAUUCAGGAAAUCGAUAUGUAGGCUAUGCUUCUGCUCUAUAUGAAUAUGAAGGUGAUGGGAGUACUUAUUUAGCAACAAAACCAGGAGAAUUGUAUUAUGUCGUUAGUGUUGACUCGAAUAAUUCUGGUUGGACAGCUGUAGUAUCUGAAGAUGGUACACGUCAAGGUUUUGUUCCAACUGGUUAUAUUAAUUUAACAUUGUAUUGAUGAAAAGACAGUUCUGUCUUCAUCUCUCUCUUCAGUUGGUUAUUGUUCAUAUUAUGAUGAGAGUAGUUCAUUUCCCCUAAUUAUUAACCUAGUGAUUAUGCAAUCGUUUUGUUUAUUUUUCUUCCUUUUUUUCUUUACACAUAUUAAUAUUAACAAAAGUAUAUCAUGAUUUGUACAUUUAUUCAACUAAAUUUAUUCUCACAAUAUUGUAAUCCCUACUAUUAUCAUUAUUAUUAUCAUCAUCAUUAUUUAUGACGCCUAAUGUCAUCAUCAUUCGUAUGUUUUAGUUAAGAAAGACGUUGACUGACUAUGCUGCAAAGUAGAAGAUUUAUUUCUAUUCAACUGCUACACAAUUUAUAUAGCUCCAAAUUUUUUUUGUUUGUUUAUGUUUUUCACAUCCUCACUUUUACCACUUUUCUUUUUCUGUUCAGUACUUUCUUUCACUUUUCUUUUUCACACACACUAACACGCAAAAUUAUGUUUUCGUUUUCAACCAUACAAAUAAUCAUGAUGCAAUAUUGAUUACUAGAUUAUUUUUUCUUGUAAGAGACCUGUUUCUCCAAGUUCUUCUUAGUGCCUUACACAUGUAUAUUCAGGUAUUCAGGUAUGCCGUAUUCUCUACAUAUUAGCUAGUGAAACUUUUCUGUUUACCUUCUAAAGGAAGUUUAUACAUUAUAGUAUAAUUUAAUGAUUAUUGUUUAAUAAUCCUUUAUUGACCACAUUUUUCAUAUAUGAUAAUAAUUUUUUCAGUCUGAAGCAAUCUAGUUAUUGGUUAUUGAUUAUGUAGUUCUUUAUAUAUCUCCCUCUUAAUGAUGACUAAGGAUAUGUACUUUUUCGACUUCGCCAGUGUUCACAUAUCCCUUUGUUUGGUCCUUUGUACGUAUGUAUGUGUGUAGGUAUGUGCGUGCGUGUGUUUGUGUGUGUGUGUGGCAGUACGCAUUCCUAUAGAUCAUCAAUCAUAUUUGUCAACCACCAGAACAUAAUAGACGAUAAUAUUGGCAUGGUUUGUGUGAUUAGCGAUUUUCAAAUGUCUAUUCUGAUCCCUUCUCUCGCAUAGACACGACGACAACACGCUUAUCCACACAAAAACACUCAUCAUACACAGAAAUAUAAAUAUUGUUCAUCUGUUCAGCCAUUUUUCUUGCUUAUUACCACUAGAAGACGUAUAACUGUCUAUCUCCGGCGCUUGCAUCUCUUUUCACAACACUGCUGAAGCCUAUUUUCCACUCCAUACAUACCUCAGUUUGAUUUCAUUUUUAUUACUCUAUUAUAAAAGUUUAUUAUUUCACCAAAAUAUUGAUAAAGAAUUUAUACAAGUAUAAUAUACCUACCUACACCUGCACAAUUGUAUUUAUGUGUGCGUAAUUUGUUAUUCUGAAGAUUUUUUUUCCUCUCCUCUCCUGCUUUUGUUUUCUUUUUGUUUUCGUUUUUUUUAACAAAAUUAAUAUAUACUACUAACAACAGGGCAUGAAAAGUGUGUGUGUGUGUGGGCGUCGUAUGUCUUUUGAUUUGAUGAUUUAGAAGGAUUGAUGUUGUUGUAUAUUUGACGGUUUUAAGAGCGCGAAAAGACUUUGCUUCCUCUUUUUCAGUGUGUCAAAAUGUCACUUCUGGUGUUCAGUGGAAGAGCGGUAGUAAAUUUGUCUAGAGUUAGUGUCAGUAGUGAUCUAGACGAGUUAUGUAAGUGGGUGGAGUUUUAGUAGAAGGUGG